AAGGAUUUUAAAAAUUCGUAGUUAAUUAAAUUUUCUUAAAUUUCCAUUUUAAAAAGUUUUUGUGUCUGUUCAAACCCUUUAGUGGUGCUUUCAAAUAUAAAAAAAUAUUCAAUUGCUACUUGCAACAUGUUGCGCGCUUUUAUAGGCAGCAUUGCCGCUAGGAAAAAAUUUACACUUUUGAAUGCCGUUACAAUCGCGCUGCUUUUCAAUAUUGUAUGUCACGUGUCUAGCGCAGAAAAAAAUUACAACACUGUUUAUAAUGAAGUUAUCACGCCUGAUUUAAAAGACGCUAUUACAAAGGAGCUGCCGAAGGAGGCGAAAUUCUUCGAUGAGCUCGAUCUGAUUCCGCAGUCUUGCCGCUUUCGUGGACAUAAAUUCGAAUGCGGUCUCUCCAUUUCGUGUGUGUUGGGCGGCGGCAAACCGCUUGACCUCUGCUCGGGUGGCAUGAUCUGGUCGUGUUGUGUGGACAAAGAUCUGGACGCGGAGGACACGCACGCAAGUCAAGUCAACAAUACAAGUGACAUCAUACAUUUGCACGACAUCUAUCCCGACUUGGCGGGCCACAACAAGCACCCGCCGCAUAGUGGCCUCGGCAGCAGUUCACAGUUAUACAAUUUACAUAAUAGUAAUGGUGCAACACAGAGCAGCAACGUACACACCACCAACAUAGCAACGCAUAACACACUGGGUGCCUCACGACCGCCAGUUCAUCACUACCCCACCGUCAUCAGUAAUCACCAGUACCAAGUGACGCAAUCGCUGUACACGACCAAGCGACCCUACAAGCCGCACAUCUAUCGACCGGCAACGACGGGGGGUGGCGCUGUGGCACAGUCCAGCAAUUGGGAGCAUGAGUCAAAUCAUCUGGGCAACGGCAUCACCAAUCAUUUAGACACUUUCUUCGAUGUGGAUCGACCACCCGCGCACUCGUCGGAGAGCGGUCCGCAUGAGUUGUUGCCACAUCCACAGCCUUUUGCGGUGGGUAAUGUACUCGAUUUGAAUGCAGGCGAAGCGGCGGAAGAUUACACUGGCAGCGUCGGUGGUGGAAUUUAUGCUGACGGAACAACGUAUCGACCAGUGCCGGGUUGCGGCGAGGUAUACGCGCGCUCCAAUCGCAUUGUGGGUGGACACUCGACGGGCUUCGGUUCACAUCCCUGGCAGGUAGCGCUGAUCAAGAGUGGAUUUCUCUCACGCAAGCUUAGCUGUGGUGGCGCGCUGAUCUCCAAUCGCUGGGUUGUCACGGCGGCGCAUUGUGUAGCAACCACCGCCAACUCUAACAUGAAAAUCCGCUUAGGCGAAUGGGAUGUGCGUGGACAAGAUGAGCGACUCAAUCACGAAGAAUAUGGCAUCGAACGCAAAGAAGUGCAUCCACACUACAAUCCGGCCGAUUUCAAGAACGACUUGGCGCUGAUAAGACUGGAUCGCAAUGUUGUCUACAAACAGCACAUAAUACCGGUAUGUUUGCCGCCGCCAGCCACAAAGUUGGUGGGCAAAAUGGCGACAGUAGCCGGUUGGGGACGCACGCGGCACGGACAGAGCACGGUGCCCUCAGUGCUGCAGGAAGUGGACGUCGAGGUGCUGUCGAACGAUCGCUGUCAGCGGUGGUUCCGUGCAGCGGGUCGUCGUGAAGCAAUACACGAUGUCUUCUUGUGUGCCGGCUACAAGGAGGGUGGACGCGAUUCGUGCCAAGGCGACUCUGGUGGUCCGUUAACACUGUCCUUGGAUGGCCGUAAAACGCUCAUCGGUUUGGUGUCGUGGGGUAUCGGUUGUGGGCGUGAACAUCUGCCUGGCGUUUAUACGAACAUACAGAAAUUUGUGCCGUGGAUCAAUAAAGUGAUGGCCAACGAUAAUGCGUAGUGCUGCACGGAACCACACUUGCCAAAGACUGCAGUGCACUCUGAUAUGCCACCUGAGUCGUUAUGUAACGAUAUCCUAUUGCGUAUUUUAUUCGUUAAAGCUUCAUAUCUUCUAACUUCAACUCUGUUCGCGUCUUAUUUAUUGAGCGAUUCGCGCUUUUUGAUCAUAAAGAGUUGUUAUUAUAAGUAACUUUUGAUUACUUCAAAUAUUUUCAUCUACCGGAACAUUUUAAAAUUACGAAU